AGGCGACUCAUAUUUUUUCCCUUCUUCACCACUUGACAUUUCCCUUUCUUUCCUUUUCACCUGUUCACUUUCAAUCCCUUGAAAUCAGAAAACUUUUUACUCACUGUUCCUUCCUUUACACAGAGAGUUAAACGACUUCAAACCACUUUCGUUAUUAUCCAACCUUAGUUCAUUCUUUAAGACAACGAAAGAAGUCCCUCUUUUAUCACUCCUUUGACAGUCUUGUUUACGUGUUUCAGCAAACUUUUUACACUCUUUAUUCUCCGUUUAAAGCAAUGUUGUUCUCUUCUUUGAUUAAGACAGCUGCUGUUGCUGCUUCCUUGAUCGGCUCUGUUACUGCCUUGCCAGCCCAUCAACACAACCAACACAAGCGUGGUGUUGUUGUCGUCACUGAGACCGAAGUUGUCUACGUUACCGCUGGUGCUCCUCAAGAAGUCAGUGGUGAGUCCACCACCGUUCUUUUGGAGUCUGUCGUUUCUAACGCCGCAGCUACCACUGCUACUGAGUCUGCCUACACACUCCAGGCUCCAGUUGCUGAUGCUUCUACUCACACCACUGCUUCAACUGUGGCCACCUCCUCCACCUCUCAAGCCACUGCUUCUUCCACCGGAGAUGGUUCUCUUCCAGAUGAUGACUCUUCCAGCUUCGCUGCCGGUGCCAAGGGUAUUACUUACUCUCCAUACACCUCUUCUGGUGCUUGUAAGUCACUUUCUGAAGUCAAGUCUGACCUUGCUGAGCUCUCUUCCUACAGUCUUAUUAGAUUGUACGGUGUUGACUGUAACCAAGUUGAGAACGUUUUGCAAGCUAAGGCUUCCGGUCAAAAGCUUUUCCUGGGUAUCUACUUCAUGGAUCAAAUUGAGGCUGGUAUCUCUCAAAUGGCUUCUGCUAUCAGCUCCUACGGUUCUUGGGACGAUGUUUACACCGUCUCCAUCGGUAACGAGCUUGUCAACGGUGGUUCUGCUACUGUUUCCCAAGUUGCUUCCUACGUCUCCACUGGUAGAUCUGCUUUGACUGCUGCCGGUUACACUGGCCCAGUUGUCUCUGUCGACACCCACGUUGCUACCAUUAACAACCCAGGUUUGUGUGACAUCUCUGACUACAUUGCCAUUAACGCUCAUGCUUACUUUGACUACAACACCGUCGCUGCUGAUUCUGGUGAGUGGUUGUUGUUGCAAAUCCAAAGAGUCUGGUCCGCUUGUGGUGGUAACAAGAACGUCUUGGUCACCGAGACCGGCUGGCCACACAAGGGUGACACUUACGGUAAGGCUAUUGCUUCCCCAGAGGCUCAAAAGAGUGCUAUCUCUUCUAUCAAGGCCUCUUGUGGUUCUUCUGCUAUUUUGUUCACCGCCUUCGAUGAUUUGUGGAAGGCUGAUGGUGCUCAAAACUGUGAGAAGUACUGGGGUAUUUACUAAGCCUGAUCAAAUUGUCACUACUUUGAUACCCAAUUUCUGAAACUUUUUUUAUAUUACUUUACUCUUCUACUCUAUUGACGUGAUCAACAUUCAUGGUAUAGACCCACAAUCAUCUCUACCGAAUGUUUUUACUUCUAUUCUCUAACAAGCUGUCGCUAUGUUUUUAUAUACCAAUUUCA